AUGAGUUAUUGGUAUGACCAAAAGAAAUAAUAAAGAAAAUAAAACUGUUUUAAUACCAAUUUAGCAGUGAAUAAAGAAACUAUUAUUCCUCUAAUACUGCAGUUUGUAUCUAAAAAUAGUAAAUUUAUCUUUACUGAUAAAUGGCAUUCUUAUACUUCAUUAAAAUAGAAAGGCUAUAAGCAUUAUACAGUUAAUCACUCUAAAAACUUUGUAGAGCAUAACAAAUAAGAAUAAUAAUAAUUAUAAAAUAGAAGAUAAAAAAUAAAAAUUAUAAUAGAGAAAAAAAUUAUAAAAAAGUGUUGGGAUAAUACAAUACAUCCACACUUAAACAAUUGA